CAGAGGAUUGCUGUCAGGAGGCAUACUACUACGAUUUUUUUUAGCAUGAUUUCCAGUCUCUUCAGUCUUGCAGGCAGGACCGCCUUGGUCACUGGCGGAUCGCGAGGCAUCGGCCAAGCCAUGGCUCUCGGCCUGGCAGAGGCCGGCGCAGACAUAAUUCUUGUCCUGCGCUCGAAAUCCCAGACUGAAACACAGUCGAAAAUAGAGAAUCUGGGCCGCCGAUGCUUUAUUCAUGAAGCUGACCUGGGGGAUGCAGAGGCGGCACGCAACAUCGUCCCUGCGAUAGUGAAAGAGCAUAGGUGGUUCAAUAUUUUGGUUAAUGUCGCCGGCAUUCAGAGGCGUUCCAGUGCUGAGGACUUUCCUCAGCGUGCGUAUGAUGAAAUUAUGCAGGUUAACUUGUCCGCCACCUUUCGCGUCUGUCGGGAUACAGGAAAGUACUGGCUGGACAAUAACAUCAAAGGCUCGAUCAUCAAUACAGCAAGCAUCGCCAGCUUUCAAGGAGGCGUAAGUAUGGCGGCAUAUGCGACUAGUAAAGGAGGUGUCGCUCAGCUUACAAAAGCUUUCAGCAAUGAGUGGGCUUGCAAGGGAAUUCGGGUGAAUGCAAUUGCGCCGGGAUACAUCGCUACCGAUAUGAACGUUGAUACACGAACUGCCCCCGACCAGGUAGUCUACAACUCGAUUUCUGGGCGGAUUCCAAUGGGAAGAUGGGGCACGCCUGAUGAUUUCAAAGGACCUGUAGUCUUUCUAGCAAGUAAUGCAAGCUCUUAUGUAACUGGGGAGAUUCUCGUGGUGAGUUCUCGCUACAUGCCCUUGGAAAAGAAGCUAAUUGAUACUUGA